AUGGUUUUCUCAGACACUUUCGCCAAGAAGGCUACAAGCACGCUGUCUAAGAGAUCGUGUGAUUACCUGAGAUUUGCCAAGUGGCAGGUCGAGAUCAAGCAAGGGAGGCCACUUAAGGUCUUUGAGAAGGACAUGUACGACUAUGUGUGUACACUCAGGUCGGACGAAGCCGCGCCGACUGCAGCUGCCGCAUUCAUUUCGUCCUGGAGAUUCUUCCACUACAUGACAGGCAGUGCAUGCAACGACGAUAUAGUUUCUCAACGGGUGGAAGGUGCAGCCCACUCGUGCUAUCUUCGCAAGCGGCCGUUGAAGCAGGCACCGCCUUAUAAGGUGAAGGCCGUUCGAAGACUUGAGGAGGUGGUCUUGUCGGGGAGCGACCUGCACGCCGUGAUCGGUGGAUUUGGACUGUUCUGUUUGUUUUCGGCUGCGCGUUGGAGUGAUGCGGCCAAAGCCACGGACUUGCGGAUUGACACACAUGGCCGCAUCUUCUUGAUCGAGGCGGUCAUGCUAGGACAUAAGACAGCCAAGAAGGCUGAUGAGAGGACAGCAUUCAUGCCGCUCCUGGCCCUUGGACACACCUUCGAGGAAGAGCCUUGGGCUGUUGCUUGGAUGGCGGCGCGGACCAGAAUGGCGAUGGACGACGUUGAGAUUGUGAUGCCGGCGUAUACCGAGCAGUCGCAGACGUGGCUGAACCGGGCCAUGACGUCAGCCGAAGGAUGCGCUUGGCUUCAGGAAAUCCUGUGUGACAACGGCAUGGAGCCAGAUGAGGUCAAGGAUCUGACUACACAUUCGCUGAAGGCGACACCCUUGUCAUGGGCGACCAAAUCCGGUCGCUUUGGCAAGGAUGAAAAGAGGGUCUUGGGGCACCACGCCGCGCCAGACGAAAAGAUGAUUGUGACCUAUGGGCGAGACGUGAUGACCCCUGUCUUGGCCAAGCUUCAGCAUCUGAUAGAUGCCAUCCGAAACGGUCAGUUUGACCCGGACUUGCCGAGGGCAGCCAGGAUUUCUACCCUUGUUCAGAGAUUGAAUGAGGAAGCGGACAUUGAGCCUCGAACCGAGUGUCGGGUCCAAGACCUGGAAAAACUUGAUGAAUCUGAGCAGUCCGAUGUCUCUGCCCAAGAUCACGACGGGCUCGGCGAGCUCCCAAGCCUCGUGCCAGGCCCUCCAGGCAUCCGUACGAGAUCCUUAGCCGGUGCCAUGGCUUCGACCAUGUUGGAAUCCGAGGCCGAGUUCUCUGCCCGGGCCAAGGCCAUCAAUAUGCCGGAGGCGUUCGCUGAGGCGCUCCGAGGUGCAGGCAUCCGAACCUUCGGGCGGUUGGCGUACAUCUGUGCCGUCAGCCCUCAGAGUGGAGACGACACGGCCCUGAUUCAAGCUGUGGAGGACCUGCUCAAGCGCAAGUUGGAUCCUACGGAGAUACCCGACCUGCGCCGACUGUGGUAUGAGGCCAAUACCUUUGCUAUCUCUGACCUGAAGCAGAGGGUGGAGAGAUCUUCGUUGGACCCGCCCCGAGAACUCCCUCUUGCUGAGCGGAUGACAAGAUUGCAGAGUCAGAAGCAGAGGCUUCCCGGGAUCAUCUUCACGGAGAGAGUCGAGCCCUCCCAUUCAUUGAUCGAUAAAAUCCAGGCGAUGCUCGACUCCGGCACUUUGACUUACUUGCCCCCUCACAAAUGCCCGUCCCGAGCUCUGGAGAUCUCCUCCGACCGUCCGGGCCAGCAGGUGACCCUGGAUUCGCAAGGAGGGCUGAAGGUGUCCAAGAAGCAACUGGAUCUUGAGUGUGACGUGUACGGGGAGCUCCGUCUGCGUGAGGCUUUCACACGCCGAGCGUUAGCCUUUGAUCAGCUCAGUGUUCUUUCCUUCGCAGUUCACGAGGAGUGGCACACCAACAUGUUCGAUGCCAUCACUCGCGAUCCCCCGCCGGGACAUAAGUUCACUAGCAUCGCCCAGGCCCUCAACGCUGACCGUGAACUUUGGCAGCUUAUCGCUCAGGAGAGUCGCGGCGAGCUCAAGAUCAUCACUGGUGCCACUCCCCCGCUUGAUCGCUUCAUGCGCCAACUUUCCACUCACCCUCGGGUGAAUGUGUGCCUCGCGAAUCUGCCCAAGGGCACUGGCAAAGGCCCCGGCGGGAAGUCUGAUGGCAAGGUUUCCGAGCCUCGAGACACACCGCGUGGAGGUCGCGGACGAGGCGGCAAAGGAUCUAAGGGUGACAAGGGCAACAACAAUAAGCGCAAGUGGGAUGACUCCGUUGACCCUAAGCGUGCUGAGAUCUUGCAGUUGCUCAAGGACAUCCCGCCGAAUUGUGUAUCUCGUAUGCCCAAGACUCGCCAGUUCCUUUGUGUCCUCUUCCAGCACGGCAAGUGCCCUCAGCAGUCGAAGGAGCGUUGUGACCGCGGAGCUCCUGGUACCGACAGUGCACCGUACGCAGUUUUCGUCGAGAUUUGCUGUGGCUCGGCCGUUUUGUCUCAUGCAGCUGCCUCUCAAGGCCUGCCCGACUUGACCCCUGCCGAAAAGGCCAAGGUGGACGCGGCUAAUGCCGUGUACCGCACGUGUGUCCAUGGCCUCUUUGCAGCCUGGAAGCUGCGGGCUCUGGUUACCAUUGAGAACCCUGUGCGCGCUUGGACUUGGUCUGCGUUGGCCACGCUGGUCACCGAAUUUGGCCGCGACCAUACAUGCCCCGGCUUUGUGGAGUGGUUCUUUGACCUGCAGGAUGUGCAUUUUUCUAUGUGCAUGCAUGGAGGCCAGCGUAAGAAGGACACCCGCCUUCGUGCCACGCCUCGUGUCUUUGACGUGCUCACGGCAGACUGCGACGGUUCUCAUGAGCAUUUGCCUUAUGGUUAUCGUUGGACUGCUGGAGCCUGGACUUUUGACACGGCGAGUGAAGCUCAGUACCCUCGCGUGCUCUGUCAGCGUAUGGUAAAGGCUGCUUCUGAGGCUGUCUCUCCUGCCUUGCUUCGCGACACAACCGCGCGCUUCCGGCUGGAUUCUCUGGCUGCGGUGGGAUCUCAGACUAUGAAGCACCCUCCGCUUAUUCCCGAGUUCAAGUCCCUGGUUUGGAGUACCCGGCCCCCAGCAUCCCCGUCAAAGCCUUUGCCGGAUGUUUCGCCGGACCAGUGCUCUAGGCCUUCGGGCGCUCCUGGUUGGCCAGUUGCACUACAACCUUGCGAUUGUCUUCCCCCGCCUCUUGACGAUGCGGCCGCCGAAAAGUUGGCUUGGACCCUGCUCCAACAGGGCCAGGUCUCUCAGGAUGAGGCCCUGCAGCUGGUGUCCCUGCUUUCGCAGGCUUCUGGGUCCCGUCGGGCCAAGCAGGACAAUGGGCUAGCGUGGAUGUCCGGGGCUUAUGUUUUCGGCUCCCAAACGGGGCUUCACUCUGCUACCAGGACCUUCCCGUUUGUUACGGCCCUCUUCGCGCAGACUGUUACGCACUUCGUGCCAACGGUUGCCUUUACUUCCAUGGCCGUCUUUGCUGACUUCUAUGGGCCUGAGCAUGUUGAUAAGCACAAUGACCGCUCUUACUUGAACGUGAUCAUUCCUCUAUCGUCAUUUCAGCAAGGUGGUGUGGCUGUGGGAGAGCAAGUCCUGCCUGUUGCCAGCGGCCCAUGCCUCUUGCAGUCUGCGCUUCCCCACCGUGUCCUGCCCGCGGUGGGUCAACGAGUGACUUUGGUUGCCUACGUCUCCAGGGACUGGCCGGCCUUGCGGUCCGACGAUGUCAAUUAUCUGCAGAAGCUUCAGUUCCCUCUCUUCGGUUCAGCUUGGGGAGUUUACUAUUCGGGCGAGGAGCACGUGCAAGAAGCCCUCAAGCUGACUCACCCAGCUGAUUCGGCUGGGUCGGUUCCCGACAACAUAAGGAGGGCGGUCUUCGACAUUGCCACCUUGGGGCCUGGCGCCGUUGCAGAGCUGCGCCGGAAGGCAGUUGAGGACAUUGAGGCCCGUGCCGCGAGGUUGGGUCCCAGCGGAGGGCAUCCCAUCACUAAGGACAAAUGUCUUGCUUUGUUCAGGGAGCUUGUGAAUGAGACGGAGUUCCCCGACCAGGAUGUGUGCCACUUUAUGGAGGAAGGUGUCUCGCUUGUCGGAGUGGAGCCGUCCUCCGCCUUGUUCCCAUCGCGACCCAAACCGAUGAGGGCUACCCCCGAGCAGUUGGAUUCACAGGCUGUCUGGAGGCGGCGGGUGCUACUUGCUAAGCCGCCUCAAAUCCUUCGAGACGAGGAGCUUGAGAUCCUUAACUCCGAGACCGAAGACGAGUGUCGACUAGGUUUCCUUGAGGGACCGUUCCCCGACGAGGCGGCGGUCACGAAGCGGCUGGGUACCGAGGAUUGGUCGCCUAGCCAGAGGUUCUUGCUGUUCCAGGGUGAGGACAGGAAGCCGAGAGUCAUCGAUAACCUCCGUGAUUCGGGGGUGAACGCAUCGUUCGGAUCCACCUCGCACUUGCAGAUGCAUGACAUUGACUUUGUGACGGCUGUGGCGAUGUUCGUUGCGGAUGUGUGGAGCCGCCAUGACGAAGUUAGGGUCUUGCUAUCUUCUGGAGAGGUUCUCUCUGGCCCAUGGCACCCCGACAGCAAGAAGGCGGAAUGGGCUGGCCGUUGCUUCGACCUCUCCAAAGCCUAUAAGCAGGUUCCCGUCCUCGAGGAGUCACUGAAGUAUGCGGUCAUAGCCAUGCCGGGCAGAGAGCGCCAGUGGACCUUUUACUUGGCGCGGGGAUUACCCUUUGGAGGCAGUGGAUCGGUCUUCGCGUUCAACAAAAUCUCGAGAGCCUUGUGGCACAUUGCUGUGGAGAAGUUGAGGCUUGUCACUUCGGUCUUCGUGGACGACUUCCCUACGCUUGACUUGAUGCAAACAUCAUCUAGCGCUUCGGACUCGUUCUCGAGAUUGCUUACUGCCUUGGGAUGGACCCAUGCCACUUCUGGUAAGAAGGCGGUCGACUUCGGCACAUGCUGGACGGCACUUGGUGCCCAGUUUGAUGUCUCUUCGUUGCACGCCGGCGGUCUCGAGGUUGCGAACAAGGAGGGGAGAAGUGACAGGAUCCAAGCCUUGGCAGAUCGGAUGUGCCAGGAUGGCGAAGACCUGAGGCAGCUGGCCACGUCGCUGCAUGGGCUGCUGAACUUUGCCUCGGGGUUCACGCUGGGCUCCUCUCUUAAGCCUAUCGCUCGCACCUGCUCGCGUAUUGCAUCCAGACCGGCCAGCUUCGGGGCGGAGGCGAUCAAGCAGAUGAACGACCUGCUCAAGGCGACUCUAUCUUCUUGGAGGCCUAGAAAGUUGCACGUGACCGACCCGAGGAAGCCGGUAAUCUUGUACACAGAUGGAUCCUACGAGGGCGGCCGAGCGAUGUGGGGGGCCUUCUUCAUUGACCCGGAGUCUGACGACAAAGUAUGCCUGUCAGGGCUGGUCCCCAGCUUGAUUCGGAAGGUAUGGCUUCUUCAGGCUGGAGAACAGAUAAUAUGCGAGAUCGAACUCUUUGCAGUGGUUUGUGCCAAAUGGGUUUUUGGUCGAAGGAUGGCGAACCGCAAGGCAUUCAUCUUCAUCGACAACAACUCGGCACUGGCCACCCUCGUGAAGAGGAACAGUCAGUCGGACGCGAUGUUCAGGCUGAUGUCUUUGGUAAAUGUCAUGGAUUCGGUCUAUCCCGUGGGUGCGUGGUACCACCGCGUGCCCUCGAAGAGCAACCCUGCAGACCUGCCGUCUCGCGACGAGUCGGUUUUGCUCUGCCGGACGUUUGGUGCCAGGAACGAAGGUGAGUUCGAUCCACCUGGCGAGAUGGUCCGAUUCAUCACUGAGCCAACGUUCACAGCCGCUUCGCUCGAGCUUGCAGUCAGGGCUUACGGUGAGCAUCAGGAGAGACGGGGGUGA